AAUAAGCUUGUUGUUUGUAACACUUUCUUGAAACUCUUUUAAUUGUAGACACGUUUUCCAGUUUUUCAAUAUGUAUGAUGAUGAUGUUGCGGCGGUUGUCAUUGACAAUGGGUCCGGAAUGUGCAAGGCCGGAUUUGCCGGAGAUGAUGCUCCGAGAGCUGUGUUCCCCUCCAUUAUUGGACGACCCAGACACCAGGGCGUGAUGGCUGGUAUGGGAUUAAAGUGCAGUUAUGUAGGAGACGAAGCUGAGAGUAAACGAGGCAUCCUUACCCUCAAGUACCCCAUCGAUCAUGGCAUCGUCACCAACUGGAACGACAUGGAAUUAAUCUGGCAUCACACCUUCUACAAUGAGCUCCGUGUGGCACCAGAGGAACACCCCGUCCUCCUGACCGAAGCCCCACUCAACCCAAAGGCCAACAGAGAAAAGAUGAUAGAAAUUAUGUUUGAAACAUUCAAUACACCCGCCAUGUACGUCUCGAUACAGGCCAUAUUGUCCCUCUACGCUUCUGGUCGUACAACUGGUAUUGUACUCGAUUCCGGAGACGGCGUGUCUCACAUAGUUCCAAUCUACGAGGGUUUCGCUUUUCCCCACGCCAUCAUGAGAUUGGAUCUCGCUGGACGUGAUCUCACCGAUUACCUAAUGAAAAUCCUGACAGAACGUGGCUACUCUUUCACCACUACAGCCGAAAGAGAAAUCGUCAGAGACAUUAAGGAGAAACUUUGCUAUGUUGCUACUUCAUUUGAGAAAGAAUUGCAGAAAAGUACUCUCUCCUCAUCAGUUGAGAGGAAAUACGAGCUUCCUGAUGGUCAGAUCAUCACUAUUGGUAACGAGAGAUUUAGAUGCCCGGAGGUCAUGUUUCAGCCAUCCUUCCUUGGAAUGGAAUCUGCUGGUAUUCAUGAAAAUGUAUAUAACAGCAUCAUGAAAUGUGAUGUUGAUCUCCGAAAAGACCUUUACGCAAACAUUGUGUUAUCUGGUGGAACUUCAAUGUUUCCAAAUCUUGCUGAUCGUUUGCAAAAUGAAAUUAAAGGUUUAGCUCCUCAUACUAUGAAGAUCAAAAUUCUUGCCCCACCAGAAAGGAAGUAUUCCGUCUGGAUCGGUGGUUCCAUCUUUGCUGCUCUCUCACACUGCGGUCCACAGUGGAUCAUUAAACAGGAGUAUGAUGAAUGUGGUCCAUCCAUUGUUCACAAGAAAUGUUUUUAAUGAAAAUCAUUGAAUCAGUUAAAUCAUUAAAAUACAUUUUCAAAGCUGCUUAAA